AGGAAGGGGGGAACUCUGUGGUCAGGGAACUGCUUGCUGAGCUCAGCUGCAUAGAGCUGUCAGAGCGUCCGAUCCCCAGCUCACAGUCCCUCCGGCCUCCUGCCCAAGAUGAUUCCAGCAGUGGUCCUACUUUUACUUCUUUUGGUUGAACAAGCAGCGGCCCUGGGAGAGCCUCAGCUCUGCUACAUCCUGGAUGCCAUCCUGUUUUUGUAUGGUAUUGUCCUCACCCUGCUCUACUGUCGACUCAAGAUCCAGGUGCGAAAGGCAGCUAUAGCCAGCUAUGAGAAGUCAGAGGCCUUGUAUACGGGCCUGAACACCCCAACCCAGGAUCCAUAUGAGACUCUGAAGCAUGAGAAACCAUCCCAGUAGCCUUAGAACAAUUGUCCUUGGUCACAUCUUUCUUCUAGUUAUCCUCCCAGCCCUCAUGGCUGGCAUUACAUAAUCCUAUACACCGUUUAAACCAGCUGAACAUACCCCCAAAAUGAUGAUAAACCCCAAGCUAAUAUAUGCUAGCGAUUCCUCUUUUCCUGUUAAAGAUUUAAGCUUGGAUGCUGUUUAUUUUCUAAGCUCACGCUCUUGCUUCAACUCUUUCUCCUUUCCCAUUCCCAACUCCCACUAAACAAUGGAAAGGGUGUACCUCAAUAAAGCUGUCCCAGC